AUGAACAUACUCUUCCGGAAGAAUUUCCAGGCGGAAGGCUCCUCCAAGGAGAGGAGCUAUUCCAGCGGCCUGGGCAGGAGAACGCCCAGCGGCAACACCAAUGCACUGGGAACCGUGCGGAGGACCAGGGAAUCCAGGUGUUCGAUGAUGAUCGACUCGGAUCAUACUUGUCCGUUUAGGACCCACAUACUCCUGGGUCACGCAAACUUCCCACAGGAGUUUGAGGACUUCGUCGGGCCACCUUUGCUGGCGCAACCCAAACCCACCUCGGCCGUCCCGCUCAUACGGUGGAUCCGGAGGAAACAGUCCACGGGGAAGGCCGAGACGAUCGUCACCAACACGCCACAAUUCACGAACGCCACGGGGACCAGUGCGAACGUGGCCAGCAGCUCGGUCAACAACAAUCCAAUUGACAAGAAUUGCAGAGGUCGCCAUGGUUCGUAUUCUACACUAAAUAAUCCCACUGGUACAAACGGUCAUAGUACGCUCCAUAUAAGAAAAGUCGAUUCGGCGAGUAUUGCCAACAUGGACAAAGAUUGUUUCAUCAUACCAAUCGCUUAUUUGGACCGAUUCCUACCCGACGGGGUCAACCUCCCCACGACGCCAAAUCCAAACAAAACCAAUGCUCUAAAUAUGGUCGAAGUAGACGACCCGAAAACUUGCCUCAUGUUUCACAUGAUGACCACGUUGGAACCGAUCGAUCCUGUUUUAGAAUCUCCUUUGUCGGAUCCAAUGGCCAGACAAACGGCAGCUGCUUGUGCCCUGCUUACAGAAAUAGCAGCAACAAAAGUAGCUUCGGAGGGCAUGUUGCUGGCAAAUUUAGAAAAAGACGCCGUGUUCCCGUUCAUUACAUAUUACGUGCUGAAUAAGUCAUCGGUCUCCAAUCCCCGUGAAGUGGCUGUGAACGUUCGGAACACGACUCUGAAAAAAUUCGACCCCCGGGUCAUCAAGCACACCACCGAUCAUACGUUCGACUUGUUCACCGAAGUGGCCAACAUCGUGUGCCCGCCAAUGAGCCAGUCGAAGAGGCCUAGGGGCACGCACACCGCUUACAUCAUAUCCGUGUACAAAGUAUUCGACGGCGACGACAGUGAAAAGUUCGAGAAACACUGGCUUUAUUGGACAGGCGCACGCAUGAUCUACAACUAUCUACCGAAAUCUGCCGGUUUGAGGAGGAUAACGUUACACAAGUCGCAAUCGAACGGCGACAAACAGUACGUGCUCAUGUGCGAAUGUGCCAAUUUACUACAAGACUUCACGUCCGUCGCCAAGUUACUGCCGGCGCUCAAGGCUAGACUGUGCGGUUGCACUGGAGUGUACCGAUCUAUAUUCAUAAUUUAA